CCGGGGGCCAAGAGCAGCAACGAGAGCCGGGCCCGAGGUGCAGAUGGUCGGGACGAAUGGAAAGCGGUUGCCUCCAAGGCCGGCAGGAAGCAGCGCGCGCGCGUCUCUUUUCGGGAGACUAAAGAGCGAAGCGCUCGAUUCGAGAAGCGAGACCGUCCGGAGAGAAGGAGCUGUGUUUGGGGGAUGCUGCCGGCUGCUCGCGCGCUACUCGCGCGCUGUCUGCUGCUGUGCGCGCUGAGCUGCGCGUGGCCGCACCGGACCCGCGCGGCCUCGCGCCUCAAGGCGUCCUCGUCGCUGCCCAUCCAGUCCGAGAGGGACGCGCUGCCCUCCAAGGGCCUGUCAGGAUGCUCGUUCGGAGGUCGCUUCUACUCGCUGGAGGACACGUGGCACCCCGACCUCGGGGAACCCUUCGGGGUCAUGCACUGCGUCCGGUGCCACUGCGAACCCCAGAAGAGCCGGCGUGGCAAAGUGUUGGGCAAGGUGAAUUGUAAGAACGUGAAACAGGACUGCCCCGUGCUGGACUGCGAGGAGCCCGUCCUGCUGCCGGGUCACUGCUGCAGAACCUGCCCUAAAGGAGACAAGAUGGACUCCCUGCUGGAUGGCUUCGAGUUCUUCCACGAGUCAAAAGACAAAGACGACGACCUCCACAAGUCCUACAACGACCGGUCCUACCUGAGCUCGGAGGAGCUGGGCCCCGGGGAGAGCCGCACAGACUUCGUGGCCGUGUUGACCGGCGUGACGGAGUCGUGGCUGCCGAGCUCCAGCGGUGUGGCCCGGGCCCGCUUCUCCCUGACCAGAACCAGCCUGGCCUUCUCUGUCACCUACCAGAGGAUGAGCCGUCCCAGUAAAAUCGUCCUCCUGGACGCGGAUGGCACCACAGCCUUCGAGUACAGCGUCCCCAAAGGACAGUCGGACAUGAUCUGCGGCGUGUGGAAGAACCUGGCGAAGCCUCUGAUGCGGCGGCUGCAGUCCGAGCUGAUGCGCAUCAGCAUGACAGCGGCGGCGGGCGGACGCGGAGACGUGGAGGGAAAGAUCAUCAAGCACAGGGCGCUGUUUGCCGAGACCUUCAGCUCCACGCUCACGUCGGCGGAGGAGAGCUCGGGCGCCGGCGGCCUCGCCAUGCUGACGCUCAGCGACACGGAGAACAACCUGCAUUUCAUCCUCGUGCUGCAGGGCCUCGUCCGGCACCGCGGGAGAGAGCCCCAGUUGGUGCCCAUCAGAGUCCAGCUGGCGUACCGGCAACACGUCCUGAGGGAGAUCAGAGCCAACGUCACCUCACACGACCUGGACUUCGCCGAGGUGCUGACGGACCUGAACAGCCGCGAGCUCUUCUGGUUGUCCCGAGGCCAGCUGGAGAUCGCCGUGGCGACGGAGGGCCGGGACCCCCGGCAGAUCUCCGGCUUCAUCACCGGCAGGAAGUCGUGCGACACGAUCCAGAGCGUGAUGUCCAGCGGCGACGCGUUGACCCCGGGGAAGACGGGCGGCGUGGGGUCGGCCAUCUUUAAUCUGCACGACAACGGCACGCUGGACUACCAGGUCCAGGUGGCGGGUCUCACCGGCGAGUUCCUCGGCCUCACCAUCGAGCUGAAGCCGCGGCGGCGCAACAAGCGCUCGGUGCUGUACGACCUGACGGCGGACUACGACCGCGCGGCGGGCCGGGCGCGCGGCAGCUGGAGCCGGCUGGAGGCGCGGCACAUCCACAUGCUGCUGCAGAACGAGCUGUUCAUCAACGUGGCCACCGCACACAGCCAGGAGGGGGAGCUGCGGGGCCAGAUCCGGGCCCUGCUCUACAGCGGCCUGGAGGCCCCCAGACACGAGCUGCCCACCCCUCUGGCCGGCUGCCUCGUGGCCCCCCCGGUGAGGACCGGGGCCUCGGGCCACGCCUGGGUCUCCGUGGACGCGGCGUGUCACCUGCACUACGAGAUCGUGGUGGCCGGACUCAGCAAGGCCGACGACCUGGCGGUCGACGCCCACCUGCACGGAUUGGCCGAGAUCGGAGAGAUCGACGACAGCAGCGCCGCCCACAAGAGGCUGCUGACCGGCUUCUACGGCUCACAGGCUCAGGGCGUGUUGAAGGACCUGAGCUCUGAGAUGCUGCAGCACCUGUCUCAGGGCACGGCGUUCAUCCAGGUCAGCACCAAGACCAACCCGCGCGGGGAGAUCCGAGGACGGGUCCACGUGCCCAACCACUGCGAGCCGGGCGCCGUGGCGACGGAGGAGGCGGAGUCGGACGACCUCCCGGCGAAGGACCCCGAGGAGCUGAAGAAAGACCCCCACGCCUGCUUCUUUGAGAACCAGCACCAGGCCCACGGAGCCCAGUGGACUCCCAACUACGACAAUUGCUUCUCCUGCAGCUGCCGGAAGCGGACCGUGAUCUGUGACCCGGUCCUCUGCCCCCUGCUGGGCUGCUCCAGAACCCUGCAGCCCGAAGACCAGUGCUGCCCGGUCUGUGAUGAGAGCAAAGAGCCCCCAGAGGAGACGCUGCCAGAGAGGGUGGACGAGCACCCAGAGGGUUGUUACUUUGAAGGAGACCAGAAGAUGCACGCCCCGGGCACCACGUGGCAUCCCUUCGUUCCUCCCUUCGGAUUCAUCAAGUGUGCCGUGUGCACAUGCAAGGGCUCGUCGGGGGAGGUGCACUGUGAGAAGGUGACGUGUCCGCCGCUCACCUGCAGCCACCCGCUGAGGCGCAGCCUCUCCGACUGCUGCAAGGAGUGCCCCCCCGAGGAGGAGCGCACCCCCACGGCGGGGGGGCGGGGCCCGGAGCACGGGGACAUGAUGCAGGCCGACGGGCCCCGGAGCUGCAAGUUCGGCAAGAGCUUCUACCAGAACAGCGACAACUGGCACCCCUGGGUGCCCCUGGUGGGGGAGAUGAAGUGCAUCAACUGCUGGUGUGACCACGGUGUGACCAAGUGCCAGAGGAAGCAGUGCCCGGUGCUGACCUGCAGCGGCAUCGCCCGCAGAGAGGCGGCCUGCUGCCCCGAAUGCCUCGAGACCAAAGAGGAAGACUCUGUGACGAUGAUGAAGGCUCCACACAAAAGACGGAGCUGGGGACACUGAUCUGACACCUGCCCCCCCCCCCCCCCCCCCCCGAUGGACCUAAAACCCAGAGCUGCACACUGGGUCCCCCCCCCCCCCAGCUUCAGGAUUGUACUAAUGAA